UGUAAUAAGACAAACGUUAUUAAAGACAGCGUGGAGAAACCCGAGCCUGCGUCGCUGAGAUUUCAGCGGCCGCUUCAGGUCUCCCUUCAGAUUCUCUGGGUCAGAACGUGGAUUGUCCCUAGCAAGCAUCCAUUGUCGAGUGCGGCCACGAGGGGGCGGAAACAGGAAGUGGGGAUAGGCCGAGUUCCGGGCGCGAGACGGUUACUGGGAAGAGCAGAGCGAGGCGGGUUAAGGUUGCUAGUUCAGAGCCGCGAUGUUCCGGAUUGAGGGCCUCGCGCCGAAGCUGGAUCCGGAGGAGAUGAAACGGAAGAUGCGCGAGGAUGUGAUCUCUUCCAUACGGAACUUUCUCAUCUACGUGGCCCUGCUGCGAGUCACUCCAUUUAUCUUAAAGAAAUUAGACAGCAUAUGAAGAUGGGAGAUCACAUAUGAAUGCAUGAUAUGAAGAGCCUGGUUACAGUUUCUACUCUUCUCUGCAAGUGAAUAGACCCAGAAAGGUGUAAGAGACUCUUUGAAUGGACAUAAAAUUUCUGCUUAUUAAGAACAAGUUCGGGUCUGGUAACUGACCUUCAAAGCUAAAAUAUAAAACUAUUUGGGAAGUAUGAAAUGAUGUCUCGUGAUCCUAGUAUACCCUUAUCCCUAUGACAUGUGGCCUCUGACAAUACUGGUAUAAUUGUAAAUAAUGUCAAACUCCGUUUUUUAGCAACUAUUAAGGGAGCUAUGUCUGAAAUGGCAUUGUCUUGUCAGUCAUUUCUGUUUACUUCUGUAAACAUUUUCUUCUGUCCGGAGUGUAUUUGUGACGAGUCCCUUAAAAUUAGUUAUGUUUUAUGGAAAUCAGCACACAACCACAAUGACAUAUAAGCACAGGGUCAUUAGUCUUUUUAAUAAACAUAUCAACUAAGAAAAA